UUGCUUUCGUCGACCACGUUGCUUGGUUUUGUGUUUUGCUGCCAAUGGAACAGUCAGAUCAGUGUGACGGUUUUGUGGUGAGAGCGCGCGGCUUGCCGUGGUCGGCAACACAUGAUGAAGUCAUCAAUUUCUUCUCUCCUGUACCAGUGAUGGGAGGACAGCAAGGUGUUCACUUUACGUUUACUCGUGAUGGUCGACCUUCAGGGGAGGCUUUUAUUGAGUUUGCGAAUUUGGAAGAUCUUGAAUCAGCGCUUAGGAAGCACAACGCUCACAUGGGCAGAAGAUACGUCGAGGUAUUUCGAUCUAAGAAAACGGAGAUGGAUUGGGUGCUACAGAAGAAUGGUCAAGGUACAAAGGUGGACGCGGUCGUGCGCCUGCGUGGACUGCCUUAUGGGUGCGGCAAAGAGGACAUCGAGCAGUUUUUUUCUGGGUUACAGAUUGGUGCGAAUGGGAUCACUCUGACGUCUGACAUGGAGGGGAGGAGCAGCGGGGAAGCAUUUGUUGAAUUUACCAGCGCAGAAGAAGCAGAUAAGGCGCUGGGAAGGCAUCGUCAAGCCAUGGCCCACAGGUAUGUUGAAGUGUUUCGAUCAAAUGCUGCAGAGUUGAAGUUUGUGCGUGAAGGAGAUGGUAGGGGAGGAUAUAGUGGUUCCAGGCAUACUCCGUAUGAAAGAGGGAGACAAGGAGAGUAUGAUGCAUCAUUUCACAAUCGCUAUGGCAGUGGAUACGAGCGAAGAUACAGAGGAGGCAAUCGUAUGGGCUAUGUUAGAGAGGAUGGCUUGUCAACUGCUGCCAUGUAUUCAGAUCAAUAUUAUAACACUUUUGGUCAAUAUGAGAUGGGUUAUGGUCCUUCUGGUUAUGGGAUGAGACGAGAUAUGAGAGAAAUAAGUAUGAUGGAUAGAGAAGGUGCCAGGAUGGGCAUAGGGCUGAAUGCCAGGUCUACAACUCCACAUUGUGUUAGGAUGAGAGGAUUACCAUUUUCUGCUACUGAACAGAAUGUUUUGGAGUUCUUUGCUCCUCUUACUCCUGUUGCUGUUCAUAUGGAGUAUGACAGAUCAGGCAGAGCGUCAGGAGAAGCAACAGUAGACUUUGCUACUCAUGAAGAGGCAAGUGAGGCGAUGGGAAAAAACAGACAGUCUAUGGGUCAUCGCUACAUAGAGUUGUUUCUUCACUCAUGCCCUACUCGUCCUGCUCCUGCUGCCGCUACUGCUAUUUCAAUGGGAGCUGCUGCUGCUUCAGGUCGAGUGUUGACAAAUCCAGCAGUUCAGGAUCAUAAUGUGUUAGCAGCCAGUUCAUAUGGCAUAAGUGGUAUGACUGCACAAGAAUUGGUGACCGCUUACCCAACUUCCAGUAUGACUAUGACAGUUGGCUCAACUAUGGGAGGUAUUCCGACUGUUGCUCCAGCAGCUGCUCCAUCUCCAGCGGCUGCAAUGAUGGUGAGCAGCAUGAAUAACAACAUGGGCCAAGUGAUGAGUUCAAUGGCUCCUAGCAUGGUGGUGGCAAGUAUGGCUCCAAGCAUGGCUCUUACUGGGGCUCCACAAAUGAACAUUGCAGGGGCCAUUCCUAGAGAUGGACAAGCCUUUAGUUCGUUCUAACAUUGACAUUGAUUUCAGUAAGAACCUCACUUUUCUUGUCUUACAUACGUUGCUGUACUGUUGACAUUUGCUGUCGCCCUAUAUGAUGGUUACGUCUGUACGUUAGUAUGUAUCGCUAAUAAUUUUCGAUAUUUCAAACCGCA